GACGACGGCAGGUAUGCGCGGAGAGACUGGACCGAGGACUUCGUUUUAGGCGGGAAAAUGAAACUUAAGCAGCGAAGUUGCUCAAGGACGACGACGUUCGAUAUAUUCGUGCAGCCUCGCAUUUGUCAAGAAAUGACAUCGUUUAGAGACGUUCAGAAUCUAUGUCUUCUCAGUCAUGGAUUUAAUUUUAUUGAUGAUAUGGAACUUUCGAUUCUAUAUGACAUGUUCGAGCCAAGAAAUCCGGAUUUUCCUUACGAAUCUUACGCGGAAUUCGACUUAGAUGAGAUGGUCGAGUCAGAGUGCCUCGCUGAAUUUCGUUUCAAGAAAAGAGAUGUGUACCGACUUGCCGAUGUUCUGCAAAUUCCUCAGAUCUUACGAUGUGACCAGAGGUCGACUUGUGGCGGUGUGGAGGGCUUAUGUAUGCUUUUGAGACGGUUAAGCUACCCUUGCAGAUACGGGGACAUGAUUCAUAGAUUUGCCAAGCCAGUCCCUGUCAUCAGCAUGGUGACAAAUAAUUUGAUCGACUACAUAUUUGAUGUCCAUGGCCGACGAUUGACCCAUUGGAAUCCUGAGAUCUUGGAUCCCGACCACCUUGAGACGUACGCAGCAGCCAUUACGGCAAGAGGCUCACCUUUACACAACUGCUUUGGCUUCAUCGAUGGCACUGUAACGCCAAUCGCUCGACCAGGAGACAAUCAGCGUAUACUAUACAAUGGACAUAAGAGGGUCCAUGCUAUCAAGUUUCAGUCUUUUGUGUUACCAAAUGGCUUAAUUGGAAACAUGUAUGGUCCCGUAGGUGAACUAUGUAGCUAUAUUUUCGUUAUUGCGAUUUCAAAUAAAAAAAAUUGUCUUUUAAAAUAGUAAUGAAUUACUUUUUGUAACUUUUUUGUAUCCUUCGCUUGUUUCAGAAGGCAGAAAGCAUGAUGCAUCAAUGCUUGCAGAUUCGGGACUGUUGCGAGACCUACAGCAGUACGCCUUUGACCAUGGUGGCCAACCAAUGUGCCUGUAUGGAGAUCCCGCGUACCCACUUAGAGUCCAUCUUCAGGGUCCGUUCCGAUUUGGAGUUUUAACCGAUCAAAUGAAGGCUUACAAUACUGCAAUGAGUGCUGUAAGAUCUUCUGUUGAAUGGCUAUUUGGGGACAUAAUAAACUACUUUAAGUUCUUGGACUUCAAGAGAAAUUUAAAAUUGGGCUAAGUAGCAUUGGCAAAAUGUAUAUCGUUUCUGCUCUUCUCCAGAAUGCCCUUACCUGUCUUUAUGGCAACGAAACGGCCACCUUUUUUGAUCUUGACCCACCAACACUGGAAGAGUAUUUCUCAUGAGAUUUUCAUUUGUUUACUGUUUACUUGCUCUUAAAUCAAAAGGAGAGCUCAUAACAAUAGUCUUCAGCACUUUAUAAAUAUUGUAAAGUUUAUAAUCGC